CAGAAAAUGAAGGCUUUGCCAUCCGGAAUUGAGUUUCUCCGUGGUCACAUGACAGGAAACAUUUGGAGGCAACAUGGCGGAGGAAGAACAACAACAAGAGGGAAUGGCUCAGAAAGAAGUUGAUGGAUUGAAUUGUCUUGCAUAUGAUGAAGCUAUAAUUGCACAACAAGAUAGGAUUCAGCAAGAGAUUGCCACCAGCAUUCCCCUUGUGUCAGACCGACAGGACCUAGCUAUACUUAAGCAAGAGUAUGCUGAAGAUGACACCAUUUACCAGCAAAAAAUAAGAGAUUUGCAAAAGAAGUACUCAUUUAUACGUAAGACAAGGCCAGAUGGGAACUGCUUCUAUAGAGCAUUUGGGUUCUCAUACUUGGAGUCUUUGUUGGAUGAUAGCAAGGAACUGCACAGAUUUAAAGCCAUUGCUGCCAAGAGUAAACUGGACCUAGUCAGUCAAGGUUUCACAGAAUUCACCAUUGAAGAUUUUCACAACACGUUCAUGGACCUGAUUGAGGUGUGCGAUAAGCAGCCCUCUGUAGGCGAGCUGCUCAGCUCCUUCAACGAGCAGAGUGUGUCCGACUACCUAGUGGUGUAUCUGCGGCUGGUGACCUCUGGCUUCCUGCAGAGAGAGGAGGACUUCUUCCAGCACUUUAUUGAGGGUGGCCGCACUGUCCGAGAGUUCUGCCAGCAGGAGGUGGAGCCAAUGUCCAAAGAGAGUGACCACAUCCACAUCAUAGCUCUAGCUCAGGCACUGAACGUGUGCAUCCUGGUGGAGUACAUGGACCGAGGGGAAGGAGGGACAGUCAACCACCACAUCUUCCCUGAGGAUGGUGACCCCAAGGUUUUUCUGCUCUACCGACCAGGCCACUACGACAUCCUGUACAAGUAGCUGCUCGGGAUCUGUAGCUGGCCAAGUCUCUCCUAGCUCGUAGUGCUGUGGCUCAUGUUUGACUUCAAUGCUGUGAAACGUGAAUUUGAGAGCCCAGCACUCGAUCUUACCAUCUUUUCUCAGCACCCAAAGACAGAGUCGACAGAUUCUGUGACUUCAGACACUGGACACUGUACAGUUCUUUUUUUUUGUAUAACUCCAAACCCUUCUCUUAUUCAGUUCUCUCAUGUUUGUCAUUCAUUGUUUUUUUUUUCUCUGGGUGAAAUACUGUGUUUUAUUAUAGAAGUUGUGUUCAUUACGAUGUUUGAGUGUAAGAAUAAACAGUUUGCAGUAGGCA